AUGGAAGUCGUCGGGGCGGUGGCAAGCUUUAUAGCCAUAGGCCAGGCUUUAAGCACUGCUCGCCAUGUCGCUCACAUUGCCCGAGCGAUCCCGGGGAUAGAGAACGAGCUGAGGUGGCUCCAAAAUGAGGUCGAAGCUUUAGGAUUAAUCGAAGCAGAACUCGCUAAGGCGGGAGUCAUUGCCAGUGAUUCAAAAUUCGAAACACUGUACCUAGAAAAGGCCAUGCUUCAGCUUACAGAAUCCACGAGAAGCCUCGAAGAAAUCCGAAAACGCUGCACUCGACCACUGAGUGCCGACGGCAAAGACAAGAUCAAAAAGAGAGCAUGGUUCUGGCUACAAGCUGAGCUCUCUGACUGUCGAAGUAAAGCGCGAGAUGCCAGAGAAAACCUCCAACUUGCGCUCCAAUCAAUCAAUGCUCAAUCUAUCACGAAGCUCGUUUUGCAGAUCGAGAGUCUAAGCAUGCAGAUCGUUCCGCAUGUUCAACGGCUUGAAAGCUUUCCAGGUACCGGUGACGCUCCGGAGAGCCCGAAAUACAUAGAUGAGACGUCAACCCGCCUUGAUGAAGACUCGACAGCAUUCCAAGAUGACAAAACUCCACAAGCUGUAGCUUGGGUCAUAGGUCAAGGAACAACAGACAUAUUUCUCUAUUUGUUCCAGAUUUGGGAAGAUCAGAUAUUAAAUGGAAAUUACGACGACUCUUGGUUCUAUGAGGCGCACGAUAAGAUUGUCAACACGCCUUCUCUACCCGAAGAGAAGAUGCAAGUACUCACUCGAAUCUUGUCUGCUGGUAAAUGGACCGUGAAUGCUAGUCAAACCCCGCUGCAUGAUGCCCUUUGCAGAGGUGAUUUCGACGCUGCUUUUCGAGCUGCCGAAGAUUCCAGUUGGGCCCUCAAUCAGCGGAACUACGAAGGUAACACGCCGUUACACAUCGCUGCAACACAAGGUCAUCUCAACAGUGUCAAACAUCUCGUGCGUUUAGGUUGUGAUAUCAACGAGGCCAACUGGACGGGCUGCACUGCUCUAAUGCUUGCUUCGAAGGGCGGCCAUAUACUCACGGUGCAAUACUUGAUUGAUGCUGGUAGCUGGGUCAAUGCCACUGACAGAGGGGGCGAUACUGCGAUGAUGGUUGCUGCCACGACGGGGCACAAUAAUCUAGCCGCAGUCAUUCGAUCUCUAAUCCGUGCGGGAGCAUCAGUAAACAUUACUGACCAGCAAGGGUUUUAUGCCAUCCAUCAUCUUACUUCGUCUUACAACAAAGGUCGUGUUAUUCGAGAGAGCUUAAGAGUCCUUCUAGAAGCCGGCGCUGACAUCGAAUCCCGAAAUCGUCCUGGGAGGACUCCGCUCUUGGUUUCGAUUCAGAGCGGAGACUGCAGAGGUACACAAUGCCUGAUCGAGGCAGGAGCACAGACGACAUACGUAACACGCGAUGGUUGGGGCUUGCUUCAUGAAGCAGCUUUAUAUGGAACCACUAAGACGCUUCGAUACCUUUCAACUCUCAACUUACAGGAUAUAAACACGGGUUUGCGUACCGGCGACGGAGAAACGCCUUGGGAUUACUUGGUUUUCUCUAUUCAUGCGCAGGAUUGGCAACGUGCAGGGACCUUAACGCUGACCUCAAAACGACAAGAAGCGUUUGUCUCGUUGUUCAAAUCAAUCAGAGAUAGAAAUUUGACGGUUGAUAUAGAGCGGCUGGAAUGGCUACUACAAUAUUUGAGAGACAGGGAUCAGCGAGGCGCCAUAGCUGCAUUGAGCCCUCUGAUCAAGCAGAAAGAAGAUUGGAAGCGAUGGGAAAUUCUUGGUACAUACAAAGCCAUCGGCUUACAGAUCCGAGAAGAGAUGUGGGAGGCAGCAGUUGAGUCUGUUGAAGAGGUUAUCGACUGCUUGCGAGAAAGAAUGGCCACAUCCCCGUGCGACAGCGAAUCGUACUACGAUCCGAAAACUCAUACCAUAUACCGAGCCAGAGAACUCGUAUGA